GCGAUUCUGCAAGUUGUCUCCUCAUCUUUCCAAGAGGAAGCUUCAGUAAGACUGUCCCGGAGACAUCCGUCCUCACAGGUAUGAUGGAGAACUGCUGUGGUCUAAUAACCUCCCAGAAGGAACCAGUUCCUCUGAAGAGCGUAGAAGUGGAGCUGGAGGUGAGGGACCAUGUGGCUACAGUGGUCUCCACUCUGAACUAUGAGAACAAGGAGGACAAACCACUAGAGGCUGUUUUUGUCUUCCCUCUGCCUGGAGAUGCUGCUGUCUGUCAUUUCAGUGCUAAGAUUGGACAGACACAGAUUGUAGCUGAGGUGAAGGAGAAACAGGAGGCUCGUGAGGAGUAUGACGAUGCUUUGAGCUCCGGUCAGCAGGCCUUCCUGUUGGAGGAGAGUGAGCAGAGUCCAGAUAUCUUCUCUCUGAGUGUGGGCAGUCUGCCUCCAGGAGAGAGCGCCUCCAUCAGGCUGGAGUACGUCACUGAGCUGGCUGUGCAGGCUGAUGAAGGGCUGAGGUUUUGUCUGCCUGCUGUGCUCAACCCUCGCUACCAACCUCGGGGUAGUGAAGGUGUCAACGUUCAGGUGACCUCUGUUCCAGCCUCUCUGGUGCCCUACAGUCUGUCCUUCUCCGCCCGAGUGUCCUCUCCUCGUCCCGUCUCUAAAGUAGAGUCCAACUGUCCCCUGGACCCUCUCCAGUACCUCAACACAGAGAAAACCCAGGCCACGGUCAAGUUGGCUGCAGGCCACAAGUUUGACAGAGAUGUCGAACUGCUGAUUUACUACAAAGAUGCCCACCAGCCCACUGCUGUGGUGGAGGCAGGACAGGCCUCUUCAAAGCCUGGCACUCUGAUGGGUGAUCCAGUAGUGAUGUUGAGCCUGUACCCAGAGUUCCCCCAGGCUGUGAUGUCUUCAGUCGCCUCAUGUGGAGAGUUUGUGUUCGUAUUGGAUCGAUCUGGCAGUAUGGAUGCACCUAUGAACAACAGCGAUCGCGAUCAGACUUGCAUCGGCAGUGCCAGGGAUACUCUGCUGCUCCUGUUGAAGAGCUUACCAGUGGGCUGCUAUUUCAACAUCUACAGUUUUGGGUCCAACUUUGAACACAUCUUCCCUAAGAGUGUAGAGUACAGCCAGGAGACCAUGGAAGAGGCGCUGGAGAAAGUUGACAAGAUGGAGGCUGAUCUGGGAGGAACUGAGAUCCUUGAGCCUCUCAAACAUAUUUACAGCCAGCCCUGCAUUCCCAAUCAACCUAGACAAAUAUUUGUCUUUACCGACGGAGAGGUGGGGAAUACAAAAGAAAUUAUUCACCUGGUGAAGCACAACUCAGGUUCCCACAGGUGUUUCUCUUUUGGAAUUGGGGAAGGGGCCAGUUCUGCUCUUAUCAACGGGUUGGCCAAGGAAGGAGGAGGUCACGCUCAGUUCAUCACAGGGACUGACAGGAUGCAACCCAAAGUGAUGCAGUCGCUGCGAUUUGCUCUGCAACCAGCUGUGGUGGACAUCUCAGUCAAGUGGGAUUUGCCAAAGGGAGUUUCUGUCACUGCUCUCUCUCCACCACUCACAGCACUUUUUCAGGGUCAAAGGUCACUGGUUUAUGCCCAGCUCACUGGACAGAGUUCAGAAGCAUCACAGGGCUGUGUGACGGUGAAGUACAGUCUGGCAGGUCAUCCCUCUCAGAACCAGCUUCAGUUCAGUCUCAAACCUGCAGAGGACACUGGAUUAACAGUCCACAGGUUGGCUGCUCGGACUCUGAUUCGCUCCCUGGAGAUGGAGGAGAGAGAGCGUGAUGGACGGGAAGAUGGAGGAGUGAAGAAGAAGAAGGUGGUGGAGCUCAGUGUCCAAUCAGGAGUGAGCAGUGCCUUCACUUCCUUCAUUGCUGUCAACAAAGGCGACGGUGAAGCGAUUCAAGGACCUCUGGUUCGCAGAAAUGUUCCAACACCCAUGAUGAUGGCCAUGGGUAUGAGGCCGAUGUCCUGUGGUGCUCCACGGAUGAAGAUGCGGAUGUCCUCUGUUGAGUUGUGCUGUGGUCUGAUGUCCUGUGAUGCUCCAGUGAUGGAUUUCAUGGACAUGAGUCUCGAUUCUGAAUUUGAAAACUUGGAUGACAUGGCCAUGCGUAUAGACAUGACUGUCGAAUGUGAUGAGUGUGAUGAUUCUCCAUGUAGCACUUUGGAUGAAAGCUGCUCGCCCAAACAGCCAGCCAGAGACCCUUUGCUGCAGCUGGUCUCCCUCCAGAAGGCGUCUGGCUGCUGGGUGCUGGAUCCAGCUCUGGCUGCUGCACUGGGAAAGACCAGCGAGGAGGUGGAAAAGCCCAAGCCUGCAUCGGUGAACCAGGAAGUGUGGGCCACCAUCCUGGCUCUGAUCUGGCUUCAUGGUUUCAAGAUGGACGCUCAGGAAGAGUGGGAGCUUCUGGCUAUGAAGGCUGUGUCAUGGCUCCGAGCUCAGAAAGCAUCCUGUGUGACGGAGUGUGUGGAAGCAGUAAAUGCUCUGUUGGGUUGCAACGUGCAGAAAAACGUCCUGGGGCUCUGAGGUUUUCAUUAAAGGGGCUUCUCCUUCAGGAUUGGUACACAGAAGCAGAUUUACUCCAUCCUACAAUAUUUACUUCAAAUCAAAG